AUGUUGGCUGGAAUCCGAGGAUCCAGAAUUCAUAAUCAUCCUGUCCUGGCCGAAUGCCGCUCCGAAUUGUUACGAAUGGAUGUCAAACUCAGCGGAUGUAGGCAGCGUCCAUCGGCUGUCUUCAGCAACUCGGGCCCCGAGGCGUCGGAUGCAAGUAAAGGAAUAAUGGAAAUUACCAGCCAGCCGCAUUGCGAUCCGCGAACGGUUAUCGACGGAGCCAAUUUGCCGAAUAAACGGCCCGUGUUGGCGGCGACGGGCUGCCAGUUUACCAACCUUGCGUUUAAAACUGUCAAGGCGUUCACUGAGCAGUUUUAUGUGGCGUGUACAAAGCGCAGUAGAAGCUUGAACAGCCAGUGCAGUGACCCAUCAACGGUGCGUGAAGUCGGGACGAUGGUACGCAAAGGGGAGAGGUCCACUAGCGCCCUCUUCAGGACUCUAGCCGACACGCUUCGUUGGCAGUCCCUCCGCAGCGUCGUCACUAUGCCGGCUGCGAAGACUAUCCUCGCAUUCGACAAAUUGACUUCGCCAUAUAAUUGUGUGGAGUCUAAAGCAAGACCAGUGUAUCGGCAUUGCUGCGGCAUCGUAUGGGUUGAUCAGUGUUCGAUUCCCUAUCGUGUCGCGCGAAUCGCGCAAUUCGUUGAGUCGGCACAGCAGCAGCCAGUCGACGGGCGGACGGUCGGACGGGCGGCAUGUCGUAUCGCAGCCGCCAUCCGCAGAGAUGACUAUGCCCGCUCUCAUUCAUUAGAGGGGAGAGGGGGCCGGGCGCAAGACGUCGCGCGCCGCCCGACUAUAUCGAUUUUGUACCUCCAUCCCUCCCCGCCGGCACCACACGCCCGCGCUUUCAGCAUCCCAGCUCGAGUGCUCUCCUCUCGCGGCUACCGGACACCUCCGACAGAAACUACGCCUUAA